CACGAGAGCAGCGCUCCGUUCCCGCGGGAUAGAAGAAAGGCAAGGCCUUGGGACUGCUAUGGCAACAGCAGGGGUUGCCUCGUCAGCCUCUAUAAACGCUCUCAGAAUCCGGCCCUGCUUCCAACCCUCCUCAAAACCCAAAUCCCUCUUAUCCUUUUCCAUUUCUACCCCUUCCUUUCUUCUCCUCCGCUCUUCUUCCCAAUCUACCUCUCUCUCCCACCCUCCAUCUCUUCUUUUCCAUCGCUCUUCCGAUCUCAGAACAAAAGCAGCAGCAGCUGCAGCGCCCAUGGCUUCUUCUUCAUUGCCUUAUGAAAGAGAGCUUGCCGUUGCCAAGAAAGCAGCUUCUCUUGCAGCUCGUCUCUGCCAGACGGUCCAAAAGGCACUUCUGCAAUCAGAUGUCCAAUCAAAGUCAGAUAAAAGUCCUGUGACUGUAGCGGAUUAUGGUUCACAGGCAUUAGUUAGCUUUGUGCUGGAGAAGGAACUUCAAUCCUUCUCAUUGGUGGCUGAGGAGGAUUCUGGAGACCUACGCAAGGAUGAAUCCCAAGAAACAUUAAAACGCAUCACAAAGCUUGUAAAUGAGACCAUCUCUAGUGAUGGUGGCUACAAUAUCUCUCCUUUAUCAGUAGAAGAUGUGCUUACUGCAAUUGAUCGUGGCCAAUCUGAAGGGGGUCCUCAUGGCCGACAUUGGGUAUUAGAUCCCAUUGAUGGCACUAAAGGGUUUCUAAGAGGUGAUCAAUAUGCAAUAGCAUUAGCAUUGCUACAUGAAGGAAGAGUUGUGUUGGGUGUCCUGGCCUGUCCAAAUCUUCCUCUGGCCUCCAUUGGUUGUCCUCAUCAACCUUCUUUGCAAAAUGAAGUCGGAUGUCUUUUCUCUGCUAGAAUUGGUGCCGGAACUGAUAUGCAGCUUUUGGAUGGUUCUUCUGCUCCUACAAAGGUAUAUGUCACUGCGAUUGAAAAUCCGUCAGAAGCAUCAUUCUUCGAAUCAUUUGAAGCAGCACAUUCCAUGCAUGAUUUGUCUAGCUCUAUUGCAAAGAAACUUGGCGUCCAGGCACCUCCUGUUCGAAUAGAUAGCCAGGCUAAAUAUGGGGCACUUUCCAGAGGAGAUGGGGCCAUAUAUUUACGUUUCCCUCAUAAAGGAUACCGUGAGAAGAUAUGGGACCAUGCGGCUGGUUGCAUUGUGGUCACAGAAGCUGGUGGGGUGGUGACGGAUGCUGCAGGGAAUCCGUUGGAUUUCUCAAAGGGAAAGUACUUGGAUCUUGAAAAGGGCAUCAUCGUCACCAAUCAAAAGCUGAUGCCAGUGCUCUUGAAUGCAGUGCAAGACGCAGUGAGAGAGCAAUCUCAAGCUGCCUCAACCUUGUAAGCCAAUUCGUGGGGGGUUGCUGGGAAAGAAGAAACAUUUUUCUAGGCUCUCUAAUAUUCUACAGUAUUUCAACCCUUUUUUACAUUCUGUAAAAACAACCAAUUUUGGUUUUUAGCUCUCAGUUUAGUUGGUUGAAAGCGACCAUUUUCAGUUUUCAGCUCUCAGUUUGAUAUUGUUGGCUUUUGAAUAAAAAUCUUCAAGCACAAUGUCACCUUUGUUGGAAGGCAUGUAAACAAACGAUAACAUGCACCUGAUAUUCUGUAGGCGUCUUUUUGCCUC